AUGGCAUUCACUUUUUUCUGUAAUGUUUCACUUCCUCUCUUGAUAAGCCUUAUGUUCUUCCUACCUCUGAUUACCAUCAAUUCAUCUGAGCCUCUGAUAUCAAGCUACAUUGUGCACACUGAUAGCCAAUCGAGGCCUUCUCGGUUCUCAACUCAAGAUGAUUGGUAUAGUUAUAUGAUCAAUACGUUCACUGACCAAAAAAUGGAAUCACAAUCUAGCUCUCGAAUUUUCUAUACAUACAAUGUAGUCUUCCAUGGCUUUGCAGCAAGAUUGACAGAUAAAGAGGCUAAAAAGUUCACAAAAGUGCCGGGAGUUUUGGCCGUUUUAGCAGACAAGGUCACGGUAAAGUUAGACACUACCCAGUCCCCAGAAUUUCUUGGUCUGCAUUUGGAUUAUGGCCUGUGGCCGGAGACCAACUUGGGUGAGAAUGUUAUAAUUGGCAUUGUAGAUUCUGGAAUUUGGCCGGAGAGUGACAGCUUCAAGGACACUGGGAUUGGACCAAUACCCUCUAGGUGGAAAGGUGCAUGUGAACAGGGAACUGAAUUCAAUUCUAGUCAUUGUAACAGGAAACUCAUUGGUGCAAGAUUCUUCCUCAAGGGUAUUGAGCACUACAUGUCUGACAGAUUAUUGGAAGAACUUGGCGAAUAUCGAUCCCCGCGAGAUGGAGUGGGACAUGGCACACAUACUGCUUCAACAGCAGCAGGAUCCGAGGUGGCCAAUGCUAAUGUAUUUGGUUUUGCUAAUGGCACUGCUCGAGGCAUCGCAACAAAGGCCAGGAUUGCCAUGUAUAAAGCCUGUGAGGUUUUAUGUUCCGAGUCUGACAUUUUUGCUGCCAUGGAAAGUGCUAUCAAUGAUGGUGUAGAUAUAUUGUCUGCCUCACUUGGAUCCCAAGAUGCACCAUAUUAUGAAAAUGCAAUGGCAAAAGCGGCCUUUGCAGCUGCAAAAAGGAACAUUUUUGUUUCCUGCUCAGCAGGAAAUCUCGGGCCUCAUGCGUAUUCUGUUCAUAACACAGCGCCAUGGAUGACCACCGUUGGUGCUGGAUCUAUAGAUCGUACUUUCCCGGUGACAGUUCAACUUGGAAACAACAAAACUUUAAUUGGCUCAUCUCUUUAUGGUAAGAAAAUCAAUACGGAUAGCUUUCCACUCGUUUAUCUAGGAGACUGCAUUGCUGCCAACAUGAUUCCUCAGAAUGUAAUGGGAAAGAUAUUAGUUUGCAAUGGCAGCAAACUCCAAGCCAUCAACGAUGAGCAUCUCAUUCAGGAAGCAGGUGGUGUCGGACUGCUUCAACUAAACCAUAUAACUGAAGGAGAAGGGCUCACAGCAAUUGCAUACACAUUGCCUGCUGCAACAUUGGGUUACCGCGAAGCCCUGGAGCUUGUCUCUUAUAUUAUCUCAACCAAAAAUCCCUUGGCGAGCUUCAAAUUUCAUAAUCGUACAGUGAUAGGGAAAGAGAGGGCCCCAAUCACCUCGAGUUUUUCUGCACGAGGUCCUAAUCCAAUUGUUCCAGAAAUCCUGAAACCCGAUCUUAUUGCCCCAGGUUUCAACAUUCUUGCAGCAUGGCCUCCUAAUAUUUCUCCAACCCGUUCUUCAUUUGACCCAAGGCGAGUGAAGUUCAAUACAGAUUCUGGAACAUCAAUGUCCUGCCCACAUGUUGCUGGUGUUGCUGCAUUGCUCCGUGCUGCUCACCCCAAUUGGUCCUCUGCAGCGGUCAGGUCAGCACUCAUGACCACCUCCACAGCAACUGACAAUCAGUAUCGUUUGAUUGCUAGAUAUGAAGAUUUGGAGCCAGCAACUGCACUUAGCAUCGGAUCUGGACAUGUUAAUCCACAAUUGGCUUCAGAUCCAGGGCUAAUUUACGAUGCAGAUAUAUCAGAUUACAUCAGGUUUUUGUGCAGCGUGAACUACACCGAAAAGCAGAUGAAAUUUUUUGUAGAGGCAUCAAAACCUUGCUCAGGACCAGCAGGUUCUCCGGGAGAUCUUAACUAUCCAUCAUUCUCCGUGGUAUUCAGGCCUAACAGCUCCGUUCAAGAGUUAAAGAGAACAUUGACCAAUGUUGGGGAGCUUCUGCCAGAGGUGUACAAAGUUAGAAUUGUCCAUCAUAAGGUUAAAAAGGCAAAUGUAACUGUGAAACCACAGAAGUUGAUCUUCAACAAAUCUUUCGAGAAGCAAAGCUACAAAGUCAGAUUCCAGAGCAACUAUGUCUUCAAUAAGAGCGGUACCACUGUGGAACAAAUGGCUUUUGGGUCCAUUUCAUGGGAAAGUGAGGGCCAUGUUGUUAGGAGUCCGUUUUCAGUGUUGUGGCUACAGUCGUAG